CCCUUCAGGUACCACCUUCUCAAACUCCUUCAGAAGUUUGGCAAAGUGAAGCAAUUUGACUUUCUCUUCCACAAGUCUGGAGCGCUGGAGGGGCAGCCGAGGGGUUACUGCUUUGUGAACUUUGAAACCAAACAGGAAGCAGAGAAGGCGAUCCAGUGUCUCAAUGGGAAGCUGGCCCUUUCCAAGAAACUGGUGGUGCGGUGGGCACACGCACAAGUCAAGAGAUAUGACCACAAUAAAAAUGAGAAGAUCCUUCCAAUCAGUCUGGAGCCGUCUUCCAGCACGGAGCCGCCCCAGUCUAACCUCAGUGUCAGUGCGAAGAUAAAGGCCAUUGAAGCCAAGCUGAAAAUGAUGGCAGAAAAUCCAGAUGCGGAAUACCCAGCAGCACCGGUUUAUUCUUACUUCAAACCACCGGAUAAGAAAAGGACUACUCCUUAUUCCAGAGCUGCCUGGAAAUCUAGAAGAUGAUGCUGAUGAGUGGAUAAUGGUAGCGAGAAACCCUGCUUUGUAUACCUGGAGUCCUCCGAUGCUUUUGUACCUUGUCGAGCGGGAAGGAUGCUGGCACCCGAGCCCAGCACCGCUGUGCGCGGCGCCGCGUUCCGUAACACCUUAGGUGGUCUGCUGAGUACCCCCUCCCGCCAGCAUGGCUGCGCGGCUGAGCGCUGUGCAGAGAAGUAGGUUCCCUUCAAAGCCUCUGAUGAACACGCAGACAACCUCUCGUUAGUGUGCAUUCAUUAGCAAGAUUAGAAACAGUAACCAGUGUAUGGAGUAAAGCACAUCCGAAAAUACUCCAUUUAACUGAUUACUUUAAAGCGUUUUUGAACAAAAAGUGUUUCGAUUUGUGUCUUUAAUGGAGGGGAAGCACUUGGUUUUGAUUAACAUUCUGUAGUAACCAUGGAAAACUUUUUCAUCUCAAUAAAACUCAUUUUAAAUAGAUUUUGCAACA